AUGUCAGACUCUCGUAGCUAUCGUGUAAUUAUUAUUGGUGGUGGUAUUAUUGGUUUAACAACAGCAUGUACACUUCUGAAAGAAUAUACAUCGAUUGACAAACUUCAAUUGACAAUUAUCAGUACGACAUUCUCACCGGAGACAACAGGUGAUGUUUCAGCCGGGUAUUGGGAGCCAUACGGCGUGAGCUUAAACGAUGAACGGAUGUUACGUUGGGCUCGUUAUACUUAUGAUAUAUUUAUGCAAGAAUUCUUUUCAACAAAAGCUGCUCAAGCUGGUGUUAUGCAAAUGCCUGGUCACAUCCUAAAAAGUCAAAACGAUCAACAGAUAAGUGAAAAUGAUGAUGCUACCGUUCCUUCAUUUUUACCACUUGUUCGACACUAUCGAGUGUUGAAGGAUCCUGAAAUACGUAUGUUCGAUCAUUUGGGACCGGUUACGGGCUUUGUCAUGUCAUCAGUAGUUACCGAGGUUCGACGAUAUCUUCCACAACUGCAACGCUUUCUAGAAUGUGACUCACGAGUGAAAUUCGUCAAGAAGAAAAUACAUUCAUUUAGUGAACUCAAAGGCGAAGCAGAUAUUAUAAUUAACUGUACUGGUUUGAGUGCUAGAGAACUAGCAGGUGAUCUUACUAUUCGACCAGCACGAGGACAAGUUAUUCGAGUUCAUGCUCCAUGGAUCAAAGCAGUGUAUUAUUUUGAGACAGUAAAUGAAGGCGUAGGUUACAUCGUUCCACAAUCUGAUACUGUGGUGUUGGGUGGUACAUUUCAGUUAGACGACUGGAAUACGACACCAACAGAACAAGAUACACGUCAUAUACGUCGUAUGUGUGCAAAAAUUCUGCCAGCUCUCGAACAAAUACAAGAUGGUAUUGAACAAGCUGGUUUACGACCCUAUCGAGACGGUGGUGUUCGUCUCGAACAUGAAAGAACUAUGGACGAAAUCGAUAUAGUACAUUGCUAUGGUCAUUCCGGUGCAGGGAUUACAUUGUCAUGGGGUUGUGCCAAAGAUGUUGUCGAAAUCGUAAAGACUCUAUUACCAGUUUACGAACAACAUUCAUCAGAUUUACCAGAACACGAACAAUUAUGGCGUCUAGUUCUAUAA